AUGUUAGAUAGGAGUCAAAAGAUAGAGCAGUUUAUUAGCGAUCUUGGGGGCGUUUAUGAUGGACAUAGGAUAUUCGUGGCCAAUAAUUCGUUGGCCGCCUUGAAGUUCAUUCUUUCCAUGAAUGACUUCUCGUUUAGGAAGUUUGGGCGGGGUUUAUUUGAAUUCUACGGUUUGGCGCGACCUUCUGAUCGGAGUGGGGAGAGUAAGUAUCUUGAUCUGCUUACGGACUAUGCGGAGGUGGAAGAGGAAGAUCCUAGAGCGAGUUUUAAAAACCCAGAGGUUAUUUGUCAAUUGGCGCGGCAGUUUGGUUGUAGAUAUGUUUGGCCGGGUUGGGGACAUGCUUCUGAAGAUCCAGAACUACCAAGGGCAUGUACUAAGUAUGGGUUGUUGUUCUUAGGACCAUCAGCGGCUGCUAUGGCGGCUGUAGGUGGGAAGAUUUCAGCCAAUGAACUAGCCGAUGCAUCGGGAGUGGAAAGCAUUCCCUGGAUGGAGGUGGUGAAUCUUAGUGAGGCCGUUGGGUUUUGCCAGGAGAUAAAGUAUCCAGUGAUGGCCAAAACACCUGAAGGAGGGGGCGGGAAAGGAAUUAGACUAGUGGAAAAGGAAGAUGAUUUAGCGAUGGCUAUUGAAAUUGUUAAAAAAGAGACCUGUUCGGAACGCGUCUUUCUGACUAAAUACUUGGCUGAUAUUAAGCAUAUUGAGUUGCAGGUGGUAGCGGAUAGUAGUGGAGAUGUUGAAGUACUUUCCAGUCGGGACUGUACAGUGCAGCGCCGGAACCAAAAGCUGAUUGAAGAGGGACCGGCUGAUAUUUCCGAAGAAGUCUUAAAGGAGAUAAGAGAAAAAUCAAAAAUAUUGAUCCGUAAAUCAGAAUAUCAGGGUGUAUGUACCAUGGAGUUUGUUUAUGACCGACAAGAUAAGAAAAUGUACUUUCUUGAGGCUAAUCCGCGACUACAAGUGGAACAUACUGUAACUGAGCUGAUUGGAGGAGCUAAUUUGUGUGCAGUACAAUGGAUGAUCGGCUGUGGGGCCAAACUCGCGCUGAUAAAGCAGAAAGGACUACUGGGGAACUUUACUGAACAAAGGCAUGUAGUAGCCGCUCGAGUAGUGGCGGAGUGUGCCCAGAACAAGUUUGCACCGAGUACGGGCUCUGUUUCUGUUUCGGCCGUCUUUCCUUCGGGCACAGUUGGGUACUUUGCCGUGGACAAGGGUGAAAUUGGGCCGUAUAACGACUCACAGUUUGGCCACGUGUUCGGGAUAGGUGUUACUCGUGAGGAGGCGAUUGAUUCAUUGAAAAUGGUGCUUUCAUCCAUUCGAAUUUCUGGCGAGGCCAAGAACCUGAACCAUUUCUUGCUUGAUCUGAUUUCUAGUGAGGUUUUUAGAGAUAAUCAGCACAAUACCAAGUAUGCAGAAGAGUUUCGGAAAAGCUGGGUACAAACACAUAGUUUGGAUCCCUUUUAUCUCCUGGCUUUUGUAGCUAUCUAUGCCCACCAAACCAGCCAGAGCCAAGCUUCAGUUGUGUUUAAAACGUGUGGAGUAGAGGUAACUGCUGCAGUCUCAAUGAUUGAUAAGACUAAAUCUACUAUCACCUAUGCCAUUCGCAUCAAUCAGAGUGUUUCUGUUCUGGAGAUCAUAAGUAUCGCCAAAACAAAGUACCGCAUCAAAACCAACCAAGGUGAGGCAAAAACCAUCUACUUCUCGGAAACACAAGCAGCCUCUGAACUGAUCUGUGAAGGCAAGAGCCAUAUAUUCUUAAUGGGCCAGAGUGGAAACAGUGUCCAGUCCACUUUAUUCGGCCGAGUUGUCCGCUUUCUCAAAUCAGGACCAAUUAAGAAGAACGAAGAGUUCGUGGAAAUUGAGAGUAUGAAGAACAUCAUUCGUUGUGGAGCCCCCAGAGAGGGAACUUUAGUGGAGAAGGUGCAACCAGGCGAUUUAGUUAAGGUUGGCCAGACUAUUGCCGAAAUACAUGGUGAGACACGUGAAGAAGAUACUUUAGUCUACAAGGAAGCUAUCGAGUAUGCUAAUGUUCAGAAAGACUUCACCAUGAACCUGUUUAGCCAAUAUUCUAUUCCUAGUGAGUUACUUCUCUACACCGCUGAUAGUUUAGCUGCUGUUCUUCAGCAGUACUCGCACACACCUGCCCAUGCCAUUACUGCCGAUCUGGACAACUACUUGAUUAAAGCACUUAAGCGCCUGAUUGAAUCCAAAACCGAGAUAAAACUCAACUACCAAGCCGUUGUGCAAGCCAGGUACAUAGUUAGCACACAAUCAAGGGCCAGUUCAGCCACUCUACUCUCAAUGCUCCAACAAGUUGCCGUCUUAAUUGAAGCCCAAGAAAGACGAACACUGCUUAGCCAAACCAAAAACCUACUAGCCCAAAAAGGAAACAGUUAUCUUCUCAGCAAGGAAGCAUUACAACUACCUACUGAGAUUAUUAUAGCUCUUUCUUUACUAGCCGAGUAUCAGCAAUCAGCUUUAAUUCUCUGGAUCAAGAAGGUCUUCCAACAAGAGGGUUCACCCGAAGACAAGGGAGGAGUUUCUUUCUACUGGAGAUCCACACAAGCUCUAGUCACUACCAGCUACACUGAAACUCCGCCCAAUCAAGCUCUCUUCCUAAUUCAACCAUAUCCAUCCGCCGUCGAUACUCAGUACUUCAAAAACACCAUCCUAAUCCAAGUCCAUGAAGACCUUUCCAUCAGCUACCAAACCCAUAAAGACGGCCAGCACUUAGUCCUUUAUGACGAACUAGACCCCGCUCAAAUCGAAAGAGUAGUUCUACCCAGCACGCCCAAGCUCUCACUCUUCGGUGUCUUUUGGGCCCGCAAAGUCUUCCUUUACACUUCCGAGCACUAUGUGCGGGUUCAUGGCAUGCUUACUCCCGAGGACUUCAUGGCCGGAGCUGAGACUUUCGCAACCUUAUUGCAAGAAAUAAGAGUUGCCUACAAACUCUCAGGUUCCAAUGCUCUUCUUGAUGUUUCUAUUUUGAUAUCAGCUCCUCUUGCCCUGACUAAGACCGCUCUUGCCGAUUAUCUCAAAACCAAAAUCAUUCCCCAAACCUACCCCAUUGAUGACUUUUUCCUCAAUAGUAUUACAAUCAGCGGCAGUAUCUUAUCUGAAGACGAAAACCAACUAUUAACCCCGCCCACUAUCACUACUUCAACCAGCACAACAUCACCAUCCGAACAGCCCACUAACGAGUUGUGUGUCUUCUUAAGACUAUCCACCAACCGAGGCUUCAAAGAGUGCGUUCUCUUUAUCAACUACCAGCAAGUUUUCUAUCUUAUCGACACACUUGAAAUCAAGAACGCCCAAGUACUAACCCAAUCUACCCACCAAGACAAUCCUCUUAAUUCCGAUGGCACCCUAUCUAAUCUUAUGAUUCGCCGCAAACAAGCCCUCUCCCUAGACACUUCCUAUAUCUACGACCUCGUCUCCUUAUUAGACAUACUCUUACGCGAAAUGCAUCCAAAUGCGCGCAUUGAAGAGAUCAAGGCCCAGGAAUCCUGUGCCAUGAAAGCUUGGCUGGCCACUAGACGAGGGGCGGAUCUUCCUCUUUUCAUUCUAGUUGCAAACGACAUCACCGAUAAUUAUGGCGCCUUUUCCAUUAACGAAGAUGUCUUCUUUACACAGUGUGCUACUCGAGCCCAAGCCCUUUCAAUUCCCUUUAUCUACAUCUCCAGCAAUUCCGGCGCCAAAAUUGAAGUCAUGGAAAGUCUCAAGCCAAUCAUGAAAUACAACCCGGCCACCGAUACACUUUAUUUAGAAGAAGCCGACUACACUAAUCUUGUUCAGAAAGACGAGAUUGAAGUACUUCCUAAACAAGUCGACCAAACAACGAUUUACGAAAUAGUUGGAGUCCUGGGCAAGUAUGGAAUGGGCGUAGAAAACCUCUCCUACUCCGCCGAAAUCGCCAAAACAAUGUCCCGUAUCCACAAACUCAUUCCCACCAUUACUUAUGCCACCGGACGUGCCGUCGGUAUUGGUGCCUAUCUCGCCAGGCUUGGCGGCCGAGUCAUUCAAAAGCAAUCGGCCCCCAUCAUUUUAACCGGAUUCCAAGCCCUUAAUAAGCUGCUCCAGAAGACUCUUUACACCAACAAUCUUCAAAUCGGCGGCCCGGAUAUUCUUACCAAAAACGGCACAGUCCAUCGGGUUGUAAAGACCGAAACCGAAGGUAUUCACGAAAUUCUCCAAUGGCUAGAGUUCAUUCUUACUCGCCAUUUCCCAACUGCUCUUAUACCAAACGCAGCCGUCAAUUCUAGACCUCUCAAUACUACCACUACCACUACUUCUAUUUCACCCACUAGCACCUCACCCACCAACACCUCACUCAAUACUAAUCCAAAUCUAACCCGGGAAUCUUUCACUCCCGAAGAAAUCAUUGCCCUUCUUUCCGACCAAGACUCCUUUAUCGAGUACUUAUCCGAAUGGGCCCCGAACGUCCAAACCGGUCGAGCUCGAAUGAAUGGCCAUUCUUAUGGCGUUGUCUUCCCUCGGUCAAGCACAGUGACCACCGAAAUUCCUUCCAACUCCCGCCAGCAAAUCAUCUGGACCCAAAACGUACUUCUACCGGAAACAUCCAAGAAGAUCGCCCAGGCCAUCAAAGAGUUCUCGGUUGAAGGUCUUCCUAUUCUCAUGCUCGUGCACUGGCGUGGAUUUACAGCCGGCCAUCUUGACAUGUUUGAAGGCGCUCUUCAGCACGGCGCCGCAAUAGUCACCAGCAUGGAAGAAGCACAAGUUCCCAUCUUUGUAUAUCUCGGCCCCAAUGCCGAACUACGUGGCGGCUCCUGGGUUGUUUUUGAUAAGCGUAUCAGCGAGAAGGUCUUCUUUGCCGCGCACAGCACCGGUACCGGCAGUGUCAUGCACCCCGACGGCCUAGCUACAGUCAAGUUCAAACAACCAGAAAUAGAAGCUACUCUAACUCGAUCCCAAGCCCCGAUCACCAAUGCGACCAAAAUGAGACUCGGGCAUAAGUUCUGUGCCCUACAUGACACAGCCACCCGCAUGCUCAAAAUGAAGGUCAUCGAUAAAAUAGUCCCUAUUACCUCGCUCAAACAAGAAAUCCUCACAUACUUCACCAACGCAACUUCCACCCACUAA